AUGGGUGAUGUGGAUACACCAAUUUUGACCACCACGGACUGCGAGGGUGCUGGGGAGACUUUCCUUGUAAAGUCCAAGUCCAAGGGGGAGGAGGAGGGGGGGCCAGCGCCCCUCCACCUUACCGUCAGCGCGCAAUUGCAUUUGGAGGCACUGGCUCUGGGUAUGAGCAAGCACCUGCGGGAUGUCCUUCACGAUGUGGUGGAUAAGAUGGCUUUCAAUUUUGACGCUAAGUUAGAAGAAAAGCAAAAUGUGUGGAGUUUGGUGACGAAGGUUGCAUUUCAACUGGUCUGA